CAUUUACAAUGACAGCGUCCCGCGGGUGAACACGAACACUACCUGUAUACCCCGCUCUUUCCCUACCCACAGACGUUCAGCGCCGGAGUGCAUGUGAGGGAGGCGCUUCGUCCAUUGGCUUGUGCUCUGUCACUUGGAUCGAGCCCACCAGAUUUGUGAAUGGGACGAGUCGAAGUCUGACAGAUGAGCAGUGCGCGCAGUGGAAACGCGGGCGAGUAGCCUAGUUCACAUAUUUGAACCGACAAAUUCAAUCUAAUAACUUGAAGGCUUCAGUCAGUUCACUGAGAGCCGAUCAGUUGAAACUUUGAAUAAGUGCCUACACGGCAGUCAAAUUUGCUUGACGCAGCGCGGAUUGUAAAUUUUACAGUUUUAGAAGAGGAAACGCUUCUAAGAUCUAGUUCUUCGAAACGCGAUGGAUGCUUCAAAACCUCUCUUUGUUUUUUCGCUGAACGUCUUGUUUUCGUCUGUGCUGUCUGUUCAGAUGUGUGAUGUUGUAAUCGAAAUUGAGCUGGCAAGAAAUCAGUGCAUUUCACAGGCAGAAUCAGAAAAUGUCACUUCAGGCUGCAGGGGGACGUGGGACAUUAUCACUUGUUGGCCAUCUGCCAGGGUUGGAGAGGUGGUGACAAUACCCUGCCCAGACUACUUCAAGUACUUCAGCAGCCAGCAUAAAGGGAAUCUCUCAAAGAUGUGCACCAGCGAUGGAUGGACAGAGAUGCAUCCAACCAGCUACGCCCUGAACUGUGGUUACAAUCUCAACAGUACCAGCAGCGAUGAUGCGGGGAAUUUUCUGUUGUCCGUGAGGAUUGGCUACACCAUCGGCCACAGCGUCUCUCUGAUAUCCCUGACAGCAGCCAUCAUCAUUCUGUGUAUUUUUAGGAAGCUGCACUGCACAAGGAACUACAUCCACAUGCACCUUUUUGUGUCCUUCAUCCUGAAAGCCGUCACUGUCUUCAUCAAGGAUGUCGUGCUGUACGAGGUUGGAGAGUCGGAGAACUGCUCUUCGGAAUCAGUUGGGUGUAAAGUCGUGAUGGUGUUCUUCCAAUAUGGCGUCAUGGCUAGUUUCUUCUGGCUCUUAGUAGAGGGCCUGUAUCUCCACGCCCUGUUGGCCGUUUCCUUCUUCUCAGAGAGGAAAUAUUUCUGGUGCUACAUUCUGAUUGGCUGGGGAGGCCCAGCGGUUUUUAUCACAGCCUGGAGCAUUGCAAAGGCCUACUUCAAUGAUAUUGGAUGCUGGGAUAUCAUUGAAACUUCCGACCACUUUUGGUGGAUCAUCAAGACCCCAAUUCUAGCCUCCAUACUCAUGAACUUCAUCCUCUUCAUCUGCAUCAUUCGAAUACUUCGCCAGAAGAUAAACUGUCCAGAUAUAGGACGAAAUGAAUCCAACCAGUAUUCGAGGCUGGCAAAAUCCACCCUGUUACUAAUUCCGCUCUUCGGAAUAAACUACAUAAUAUUUGCCUUCAUCCCGGAUCACAUGAAUUCUGAGAUGCGCCUGGUGUUUGACCUCAUUCUUGGGUCAUUUCAGGGUUUUGGAGUUGCAGUCCUGUACUGUUUUCUAAAUGGAGAGGUGCAGGCAGAGAUUAAGAGGAAGUGGAGGAGGUGGCAUCUGGAGAGGUUCCUGGGGACUGACAUGAAGUACCAGCAGCCCUCACUGGGCAGCAACGGCAACAACUUCAGCACCCAGAUCACCGUGCUGACCAAGGGCAGCCCCACCACGCGCCGCCCGUCCACCUGCCAGGAUGAGCCAUGCCUGUUCUAAGGGGCCCGCCUCCCUCGUUUCUUCUACAGGGUCUGUGGAGUGCAUGUUCGGAGGAGAGUUCCGCAAAGUAACGGCGUAAGCAUUUAAAAAAGGGAAGAGUGAUGCUACUUGGUUGGAUUUUCUUCUGAGGCUCAACCUUGUUGCAUUGUUUAAUGUAUUAGCAGGUGUCUCUAUCGCCCUUCUACUUUGCUUCUUCUAACCCAUUUCCAGAGCUGGACAUUUACUGAAGCAAUUCUGGUUGUGUCUAGCUCAGAGGCACAACUGCUGUGCCCCAUUGGGGAUCUGAACCAUCAGCCUACUGGUUCCAAGCUUGGUUCCACAACUGUUUUUCUGCACUGUCACCCCAUGACAUGUGAAUGUUACACAUCAUUGCUGGACCUUGGUUUUAACCGUUCUGUGUUUGUGUAGACAUAUCUGUGACACAUCUGGACUACAUUGGAGUAUGCCAAAAAGAAUGUGGAUCCGUCAUAUUCUGGCAAUGACUGAUUUGUUUUAGUCCUAGUUUAUCUUGUCCUAGUUUAUUUUGGUUUGGUUUUUGUGGUGGAGGACCAUGUGUUGUGAUUGGUUUAUAUAAGCCAGAGGUUGACAUGUGGCAGUUCCACACAGGUUGUUCAUGAAGAUUUACUUGUGCAUAAUGAUCAUUAGACCACCAUAGUUUAAUGCAUGAACAAUUUCUGUGUUUACUACAGUUGGAAGAUUGUAAUAGCGGUAUUGGGUAAAAACGGUAAAAAGUUUAUUUUUGCUUUACAUCAUCCAAGUUCUGAUAUACAUUUCAGCUACAUUUAUGUUUGAUUCUGGUGAUAUGUCUUGCAACAUAUGCAAUAACCAAACUGACUCACGUUUGGAUUACCGCAAGGGAUUAUACUACAGUUACUAAAUCCAUAUUCUUAUGUGCAUGUGCAAACCUAAAAUAUUGACCACAGCCACCAGCAGAGCAAUGGUAAUUGUCAAGAGACAGAGUGGCAUUCACAGCUACUAGUCAGCAGUCAUUUCACAUGACAUGGCAAGAAAUGGCAUUACAUGUAUGACACCAGCACCUUUGUAAUCCUGCUUUCCAGGAUUGCUUGCUUCAGAAGCUGUCUGUGAGUAGUCCACCCACCCCCUUGCCCCUUCGUGCCCUUGGUUGUCUUGGCUCUAUUAUCACAUCAUUGUGUAAUGGAACAGUCAGUGUCUGGGUCUGAGGGGUGAAAUGGCAUUCAGCAUUCUGCCGAAAUGGAACAAAUUUAGUGAAUGCCAUCCACAAAUUAAGGCGUUCAGAGGACAACAUUUUCUGCUCCUUGUACAGUACACACAGGAGAAAAUUUGACUGCUUACUAAACAGUGGGUAUUUGGAUACAGCAAUAUGAAGAUAAAAGAUGAAAGUGGUGUGAGGAGGAGAACUGUUUUUAUGAUAAUGGAAACCUCGGCAACCGGGUGACAUUCCAAACCCUAGCGUCUUUGCCAGUGCAAUUAAACUGCGAGUUCUGAACACAGAUGCCCUUUGCUGCACUACGUCUUUUAAUGUGAGGUCUGUCCUUUCCUGUUGUCCCUUAGACACUUAAAAGCUCAUUAUGUACUUCUCAGUGAGAAUGGCACCCAUUGCAGUAGUGUCUUUGAUCAUGCACCAUGCACAAGAUCAUUGUGAAAAGGCCUGUAGCUAGCUGCCCUGAGCCUAUUUUCAUUUUUUAAAUGUUAUUAGCUGUAACUAUAGAUUGUGUUACACCAGUAGCACAGGUAAUGUAGUACUUAUUAGGGUGGAAUGGAUAUUUUCAGUUCAUAUGGACCAAAGACUUAAGUAAUGGGAAAGAUAUUAAUAUCCUUUCAUUUUCAGAAAUUCCCCAAUAUUGCUCUUCCUUUAACAGAUGAGACGUGGUAUUCCAGACUAUAAAUAUAUAUCAGACAGCUCACCCAUGACUUAUAAUAAGUUAUUAUGAAUUCACAAAAAUUAUAUGUAAAAUAGAUUGAAAGCUACAAUAUUGUUCCAUAAUUGAGGGAUGCUGUAAUGGGAACACAUAAAAAUGCUAAUAUAUAGCAAUACAUGGUAAAAUAUGAACAUCCAAAUGAUAUGCAUAAUUCCAUACCCAAAAGUGUGUUGAGAAUAUUUUAAAAUAGAUUUCAUUUUUACAUCUACUGUGGAUUCAUGAAAUUACACGUGGAAGUGGCAAGCAAACACAUUUUCUUAGAAAUGAAGUGUAUUCUGUUUAAAGUGUAUUCUGUAAAUUUUGGAUUUUAUAUUUAUACAGUAUAAAUAUAUUAAUAAUAAGGUAAAGCAUACACCAUCAGGUAGAAAAAAAUGAAUGCUUGAUAUAUCUUUUCAUGUUUCAUGUAAAAUUGUGAUUUAAAUGGCUUAAGCUGCUUGUAUGUUCAUUUAUAUGUUGACAAAACUGCUCAUAGGCUCUUAGGUGCCAUUCUAAGAUGAUUCUUUCUGUCAUUGUCUGUGACUGUAAAUGAAAAUGUACAUGAAUUAUACCUCUCAUGCAGUAUCACAGAGAAUGUAGAUUCUUACAGUGCAAAUACCGUAUAUUGAGUGUAGUUUCACAGUGUUAUUACUGUAACUUAAGUUUAUGUGGUAUUUGCUGGAAUUGUAUGUUUACAGUAUGUUGUAUAAUGUGUACUUUUGUAUGGUUUCUUGUUAUAAUUUCUUCCAAUGGUCUGUGAUUUUUGAACAGUAUAUUUUCUCCAGUAUUAUUCCGUAUAUGUUGUGCUUACUGUACAACAUUCAAUGUAAGUAGAGUCAGAACUGGAUGUUGUGCUUUGAUAUUUUUCAUUGGUUCAGUAAAAAAAGUUACGUUGUGCUCAGUGCUGGUCCAUUGCAUGCAGCACAUAAUUUAUAAGUAUUUAUAUGUACAGAUACCGUGCCAUUUCAAUGUUGAAGUGUUUCUUAUUUCCCAUUAUUGACACAAUAAUAAUCACUGAAUUACAUAUUUUACAUUGUUUGUAAAUACGUUGGCUAUGAUGAAAACAUUUGAGAGCAAUCAGUAGUUUCCAUUUUAGAAAAAAACUAAAUGUUGACCACUGAGUCCAUGCAGUCAAAGUACUUGAACUGUCAUGUUAAGACGUCUUGUUGGAUAUUUCUAACCAGCUGAAAUAAAUGGUAUACAUAUUUUGACAA